UUCCUCAACACAGGCCGGGAAUUCUCUCAGGCUCGGACAUGCUCUCGACAAUGCUCACCUGCUCCUGGGAACGCUCUCCCAGGCAGGACGUUGGCAUGUGGAGGUAGAGGUGGACCGAGAUGAGGUCCCAUGUGCAUCUGUCUGGCCUCAGAGGCUACCAUUUCAGUGGGGGGGACGAGCUCCCUGAGAGUACAAAAACAGAAAAAAUGAGCUAUUCAAGUGUUGAAAAAUGUGCCGAUUUGCUCCUAAUAUCACGAACAGCUGUUGUAAGACUGUCUCCUGCUUCUUUUAUUCCUCCGAGACAAGAGCUUCAUUUUUAAGACUGAACCCGGUACAGACCUUUCCAUGAAGCGAGGUUCAAACUGUGCUGGGACCCCUUGCAACCUCUGCUGCCCCUGGGUGAGGAUCUGCGGAGCCAUGGCCAUCUGGUUUCUCAUUAUCAUUUCCUGCCUCUGCCUCAGCUCUGCAAGAAAUGGGAAGAAAAGGCACCAAAGGUCACAAGGAAGUAAGUUUAGCCUCAAUACCUGAGACAUGUACUGACUGUGAAAGCCGGAGGCAAUUCUCAGGAAUCAAUACACGCAAGACAAGGUCACAAAAAUGCUUCAACCUUUGUGGGGCUCCAGAUUGGACCCGAAUUCAGUCAAUUUAGAGGAUGUGAGGAGGAAUGUGGCAUAAAAUUUUCAUUUCUAUAAAAUUCUCAAGUCUAAGUUUUCUAUGUUUGACACAUUUAAUAAUACAACAAUUGUAUAUUUGGAGGUUUUCUGUUGUGUUGCGGCUCCAUCCAUGCUGUGUUUCCACUUCUCACCUCCAGCUGACAUGCCAUUAACCAGACGGUACCAGUGCUUCUCAUCCAAAGCCCCCUGCUCUCCCAACGCUGUCAUCUUCCUCAGCUGCUCUCGUGGGGUCAUGACACACUCAGCGACCCUUGACCUCCACCUGAAUGCUGUUGAAGUUCAAGACCAAGAGGGGAAAAGAGGGAUAACAUCACUACAACACAUGACGAAAACUCUGGUAAGUAUUAUACUGCAUGGUACACAACAUAGCAGCUUUACAGAGCAGAAAAUUGACCCUGAUUGAUAUACAGAGUUUGUAGGGUUGCAUGUUUACCACUAGAGGGCGGCAAAUAUCUUCCCAUGAAUAACCGCUUACUGAAGUAUGUGGUACUGUGUCAGUUUUCAAAGACAAAAAGCUGUUUACCACGGACUCAACACAGAAAAUAAAAUGGUCCCACAUAAAAUUAAACAAAUGCAACAUGAUUAAUUAUCUCAGAAGAUUUACUGCAAUACAGGUCAACUCAUUUUUAUUCCCUGUUCUUUUUAAACAUGGCUGUGGUCAUAAAAUAUAUAUUGUAUGUUCAGAUUUGUGCAGAAAAGAUACAAAAUCAGAGACAUAAAUAAGUCUCCUUUACAGAUCCUCACCGCACACAGACGCUAACUGAAUCAUCAUCUCACCUUUGAUCCCAAGUCUCACCUCUCACCUCUAUCCCAGCAUUAAGCAUUAAUCUUAAACCUGCCUUAACCCUAACGCUUACCGUACUUUAAUCCCAAACUUACAUUUUAGACCUAAUACCAAAUCCUAACCGUAAUACUUAACAAUAAAAAAUGUAAAGAUCAGCAGAAACUGUUUUUUAAAGGGCGGAGUUGUAUUUUUUUUUAUAUUUGGUAUUGUUGUUUUGUGUUUUUGAUCCUUUUUAACCAUUUCAAGAGCAUAUAUAUAUACUCUUAUAUACUCACAUGCACAGAUAUGCAGUCAUGCCAUCUAUUGGUCGUAUUGUUUAUUGCUGAGCCAGUAGCGUGUGUGCUCAAUCACAAUCGACUCAGACACCUCCCAUCAGCCUUCAACAUAGUGUAAAUCCCAUUAGAAAAUAUGAUACUGUAAACGACAGAGCAAUAAUCCAGUUCUGCUAAUCCAAAACUAGAGACCAAAAUCCUUCUAGAUGCAUGAAACUCAAUCUUUGCAGCAUAAGAGGUCCACGGUCCGAGCUGUAAACCUCUCCAACUGUGCUCGUCGUUUUUGUAUUGAUAUCUUUGUGCAAACUCUGCACAUAUUUUCCUGUCGUCCCCUCCCCCCAAACAAAUGCUACCAUAAGAUUUGCCCCGAGGCCUUUUGCAUUAUCCGCAGUCACUCAAGUUCCCUCUGAAGCCCAUCUAAUCUGAGGGCUGUAAUCCUCCUAUUAGCCCUGCAACAGUCUGCUAGCUACAUCUGCUGACCUGCCUGCAGAGCACCCUGCCAGCACGUCCAACCCCCCUCCCAGCCUCACCUUCUCCAGGCCCUCACCACCCCCAGGAUCCUAUUAGCUAAGUCCUGGCUAUACAGCACUUUAAAGGGAUGUGUUGGAGGUAAUCCGCACGUUUAGAGUUUUACCCUCAGCAAACCUUGCCUGUAAGCAUCCCGGACAAUACACCCUAAGUGCUAAGCCUAUUAGCCUCCAUUAGCUCCCAGGAUGUCCUAAAAACACCUUGGGGAUAAAUCUGGGGGAUUCAAUCGGUUUAUGUGGAGUUAUGUGGCGCCAACACAUGCACCCUUCCUCCACCUGACUCUCUGCUACAGUCAUAAAAAUCAUUAUCAGCAAAUGAGCAGAAAUAUAAUUUAACAUUUAUGUCUCUCUAAUUCCUCAGUGGGCAUUAAGCCCUGAGCUGUAAGACUGUAAGUAUUAUCGAAGAGUUUUUUAACUAACGAAUCAGACUUUCUAAGGUUCUUUAAAAUCUGCUCUCCAAGAUUACCAGACUUUGUUUCUGAUGCUUUAUGAUGAAAUUUUCAGAGUUAAAUAAGAAAACUGGAAGUAAAAAACUGAUUCCUGCUUGAACUAAAGGAAACUUGUACAAAGCUUAAAUUGCAACACAAAUUUGACAAACUGUUGCUUAAAACGAGACAGACUUGCAUUACCAUGAACUUCAAUUGCAUCAGCCGAUUGAGGUUAUAGAGUUAAGACCGUAGUUUGAAAACAUAAAUACACUGCAGUCUUUGAAAAAUACUCCCAAAGAUGUUUCCCACAACCCCCAGAGACUCUUUAACAAAUACCCCAGUCUGCUGCACAGUAACGAUGCUUUCCAGUCUGCCUCUGAAGUUGUAACUUUAUCCCUCUGACAUGCGCGCUUGGUCUUUUUUUAAACUUGCAAAAUGUUGACUUCUUGUCUUGUGCAACAAAACCAAGAUUUUGUAUCAGAAUGAUGAGUUAACUUCAUUGGAGAUGCAGUAAAAACUGUUUGGAAGAUGUCCCGGUGGACCCUUUAUGCAGCACAACAUAUUUACAAUAAACAUUUCUCAUAUCUGAAUAUAAUAAGAAUAAUAAGAAUCGUAAAUAUUCAACAAAUACUCAGAGUAAUUGGUUCAAACCUGCAGGAUCUGAAUGUAAAACUUUAAAAACUUUUUUGUGCAUCUGACUAUAUUUUUCAAUCUGGAUUUUUUAAGGACAUUUUCAUAUUCUGUUAAUCAGUGCAAAGCAGAGGGUCAAGUUCUCUGAUAGUCAGUCAUGAGUUUUUGGAAAGUUUGAUGCUCAUCUCUGUGACGCCAGCCUUUCAGGAACCUGAGUCAUUUGUAGGAAUCCUUCAUAAGACCUAUACGCUCACAGCUCAAACUUUGAUUAGUUUUUCUUUAAGUCUCUUAAGUCAAGUUACAGCCUGAGACUUAACUACUGUAGAUCUGCAUGUCCAAACCUGACCUCUCUCAUGGUUCCUUUGGCUGCGUCACAAUCUCAAAAAAACUCUGAAUAGCUUCACUGCUUUUUUUUCUUCCACUAAAUAUUUCCGUCAUCGCGGCGGUGAGCUCGAGAAACACUUGUCAUAUUUCCUCGACGAGCAAGGGCCACAACACAGCUGCCAAAUCCAGGGAUUGGACUCGUUGGAUUUGCUGUUGCCUGGUUAAUCUCAUUACAAGAAUGAAUUAAAGGGAAAAAUUGCUGACGACUUAGAUGGAGCCCUGAGGAGGUCAUAUCAGACAAGACAGAAGCAUUGUCUAGUCCUUCUUAAUCCUCUCUCACACAACAAACACAUGCUAAAACCAUGUUUAUUCUGCCACUCACAUGCAGCAGAUUAGACCAUGUAAGAGGUGUUUGUUGAACUGCAGGUUGCAUUGAUUUCAGUUGCGUAUAAUGUCAUAAACACAAACGACAAAGUGCAGAAAAAGUUUGACAUUAUACAAGUUAGUUUAAAGAGAACAGAGUGACUGCGCCAAUCAUUGCGUUCAUUGUUUUCUGCAGGUUUACAACAGCAAAAUAAGUCAUUACAGCAGGAUUUCCAUGUGAAACAAUUAUGAGGGUAAUUAUCCCGAUUUGAAGGUUGUUCCUGUAAUCUCGUUGGUUUUUGCUUUAAUCGUAAGCUGAAGGAUCUGUCGCAUUUAUGAGGUUUACUGCCUUUAAUAUACUUAGGAAGAUCAAUAUUUGAAAGUUCAACAUUGUUUUUGCCAAAAUUCAAUAUUUGGCCCUUUAGCUGAAUUUAAAGGUUACUUUGAUUAAUUUUCAUAUCACGGUAAUGCAUCAGAAACUUCCUUUUUUACCUCAAGUAGAAGUGAAGAUAUUAAACCAGAGGUUAUUACAAAUAAAGUAGAUUUUGUUCUUUGCUGUGAGCAACUACAGAGUGAAUGAAACCAAAUAAAACCCAAAUAGAUUUGCAGUUAGAUAUAAGUUUAGAGGGGGACUACAGUGAACAGAAGUUUUAAUAGACUUACCUGAAGUUCACAGCAGCAAGCAGAACUCUUUUUAUUUUCGAUUACAAAAGCAACAAAAGUCAAAAAUAUGAAAAAAUAUCUCCAGUCAGUUCACACAAAGUCUCUGUGUUCUCUCCUUCAGGUCCGACUGACCGGCCUGCCUGUGACCAGCCAACUGUCUGCUGCCAGCUAACUGCCUUAACUAAAAAAGACCUUUUAAAUACAGAUUCAUUUCAUCUCCAUUAGCUGGCCUUAUCUCCUGCGGUAAGCCCUCCCUGUCCUGACAUCACUAUGAUCUCCCUUCCAACUGUUUGCUGCACCUUGCAACUGAUGUGUAAUUACUGCAGCAGCACUGGUCCUAAGCAUGGAGUGCUAAACCUCUUUCAUCGUUUACCUCACUAAUCCCUUGUUAGCACUUUAGACCAUAGUUAAGACACCUAAAUGCUUAGCUUCCUUUUCCAGUGGCAAAAUGGCCAACCCCUCCUUAACCGCCCGAGGCCACAUGCAGAGGAGCUCAGUGAUGCUGUUUUAGAUUUUCAAAAUCCCACAGAUCAGCUUUGUUUUUGUUUGUCUUCACAUGUUCAUUUGGCCUGUCACAAGUGUUGGGCUCCCCAGGGUGCCAAAAAAGUUGACCCAAACAUGCUUGGUUGUAAUUUGCCAGAAAUCCGACUAAAUGUUGGCCGGAUCAUCCUCUCAGACCUCUUAAUCUGACAGUUUGUGCUCACCCACUGCUUACAGCGUGGAGACCUGUACUCCUUAGAAUGAUGUUUUUCUGUAAUGCAUGGUGAGCAGCAAGUUGUGCACAACGGGGGGUAGAGGGAAGACUUUACCAAACAGCAGACAUGAUAUAAAGGGGGGUUAAUGUGGUGUUUCUAUCUACUUUUACAGUUUGCAAAUAUAAAAAAAAAUCCUGGAAAAAUGACAGAACCUGAAAGAAAAUUGCAAGUGCUGUAUACACACACUCACUGAAGUACACACUAAUGUUCAUAUCCUGCAACAAAUCCUCAGUUAAUGAGGUUGUAGUGUUUACUCAAAGGUAAAACUGCAUCAUGCAGGUGUUUAAUUGUGAUCAUUUAGAACUGAGCUGUAAAACACGUGUCUCUUAUUUCUGCAGCACAAAUACUCUCACAAUCAAACCAGUAUCUUUCUAGAGUUGGUUAUAGAAAUAUUCAUGUAUUCUUUAUGUAGGAAGCACUCAUGCAUGUCUGUUGUAUUAGUUUGCAUUUAAACUGGACAUGAAUCACGGGUGUAAUCAGUGGGUACUCUAUUGAAUCAAGCUUGGCAGCGCUGAAUCCAAACCCAAAUGCGGCUCCUCUUUUGAAUGACAUCAGCUUUGUUUUCCUCCAUCAUAAGUGCCUUAAUAUUAUUUUUUUUAUUACUAUUUUUUUAGGAUUACUUUUUGUUUUUUUGGCUUUUAUUUUGGUAGGACCGCUUAAGAGAAACAGAAAAUGCAUGGCAAGAGAGGGAAAUUGUCAUGAUAUGUUCUGUUGAUUUAGUUUUUCCCUUGUGUUUCUGUUCCCCUGUAGUCCUGUCUUGUGAGUUUAUAGUUUGUGUUUGACCCUGUUUCUCUCUUGUUAUCUGUGUCUUAUUCUUUAUAUCUGUUUUCUGUGUUUCCUGUUUUAUUUUGUAGUAGUUGAUUCCUUGUGUUUCUAGUCUGGUUUUACUUCCCUAGUUCUCUCUCCUUCGUUAAUCACUCAUGAGUUUCACCUGUGUCUCGUCUGCCUCACCUGUUGCUUGUUUACCCGUGUGUAUAUAGUCCCUGUCUUCGCCUCUGUCCUGGUUGGUUCAUUGUUUGUCGAUGUGUGUGUAUUUUUUCCUUGUGAUUAUUUUCCCCAGUGUCUUUGGUUGGAUUUUGCCUUUUGGAUUUUUUCAGUGGACAUUUGGUAGUAAGUUUUUGUUGCUUUUUAUUUUGUUCUUUUUAAUUAAAUCCUUUGUUCUGCAUUUGGAUCCUUCCUUUUCGUUUAACUCUGGCACAUGACCGAAAUGACAUGCACUAUGUCACAUUAGGUACAUACAACCUUUGACCUAACCAGCUAUUGGAUUGUUAACACAGUGCUAAUUUGGUUUCUGGAUUCAUUCAACUUUUGUCAUAUUUUGUGUAUAUUCAUGGGUGUAUAACUGUAUAUGUAUAAUGUGAAUAUUUUCUAUUCACAUUAGCUUUUUUUGCAACAUGCCACAAGACUGUUGCAAAGUCCUGAUUCUUAUUCUGGUUUUGUAAAGACAAAUCUUUAUAAGUAAGUUUAUAAUUUUGCAUGUAAUGAGCAGUUUUUCAGCAAAAAAAUGUCUAAAAAUGACCAUAUAGCUGUAGGACCAAGCACAAUACAGAUAACAUCUCUGUUAGCAGCUAAUUAGAACUUUUUAGCUUAACAAAAUGUAUAUUUAACUUGCCCAUAACAUGCUCCCUUGGGGGGGACUCUUGAGCUGAUUUAAAGCAAACACUCAUGAUUAUAGAAAGUUCAUUGACCCUCUCACCAUUCCUCCUCUAGUUAAUUAAUUCAGUUAAUCCAGAUCAGAGCAUUAAAGGAGCCCACAUCUGUCAGCAUGGCUCUAUAUCAGUCAUCUUUUCAAUAUCAAGUGACUCAUAAAAACUUUUCAGAAAUAGGAGCACUUGGACAUAAACAAUUAUCUGAUGUGUGUCUUAAUCUGAUAGUUUGACUCCUUAAAAUCUUUAUUUUGAUUCCAAAAAAGAAGUUUGAAGUCACAAUUUAAAGUACAAACAAAGGAAAACAUGCAACGUAGAAGGACAAAGAAAGUUGCUGUCUGCGUUUUGCGCUAAAGCCCAGAAAGACGAGAAAAAAAGAUGUUAUAGCUCAGGAUCUUUGGGAGGCUACAAGAGUGAUCAAUCAGAUUUCAGUGGGGGCAUGCCCACCCCAGGCAACCUCCUGGAUCCACCCCUGCGUGCAGUCAACUUUCUUCUCUUUGUGUUUAAAAGUCUGUUGCUUUGUGUGUGGAUGUGUGUUUUUACCAGCUGGGCUGAAAUGAUGUUCUGGUAAUGAUGCAGCUCAUUAUUCUGCAGUCCUCCCUCUGAGGAGAGAGGAGAUAUAAAGAGGUGCACACGGUUCUCAGAGGGAACACUGCGACUCUGAGUGCUCUAAUAUGUUCCUAUUACAGUAUACAUCACACAUCACACACACACUGUGACUGAGCCAUAGUCCAGCUGUGUGUGUGUGUGCAUGCGUGUGUGUGUACGUGUGCAUAAGCAUGUGUGUGUUGAAUUCUGCUCUGCACACAGGAGCUGUUUUACACCAUGCAGUGGUUUGACCAUUAGCUGUAAUGACCUCGGUCAUUUUGUGGGCUGCUGCUGCUGAUUUGGAGCUGUUUCUGGGAACAAACACCCAUUAUAGUGUCAUUUUUGUAAACAAUAGAGAAAAUAGUAUUAAAUAAUUUACUGGAGUAAAAGUAGCUUUCUCGUGGGCUAUAAAGGUAAAUACGUCUACAACAGAGCCUGCAUAUUAGACCUCUACUAUAGGGAUUGGCACUUUAGUUGACUAUGAUGGAGAGCAACUCAUGAACAGUGUUUUCUUUGAAAGCAAAGCCUCAGCAUGAUUACAUGUUUGAUGUAUUUUUGUAUAUUUUAUACCUACUGUAUAUCUACACUGAAACAGUAUGUAGUGUAAACUCUGUACAGUAUAGAGAGAGUGUAUAUACAGGUCAAACUAACAAUUUUUAUUUUCCAAUUAUUUAUUCAUUAAUUUAUGUUUACCUAAAGCUCCUGUGAGCUGUUUAUCCCGGGUUUUAAAGUGGCCUGAAAUUGACUCUGCUAACUCUAUAAAGGCUACACGUAUAACUGAAAUGAUGAUCACUAUGCCUAAUGUCUAUUUUGUUGUUUUUGAUGUCUGGAACUGUUUUUGCUUUCGUUUGACAUUUUCCUCAGCAGUAGUUGUCAAUGACAGUUUUUUUCACUCUUAACAGACAGCAGGAGUAAAUAUUCCAUCAGAAAAUGUAACAUGUACAGGAAAAUAUCAGUAGAAGAGACGAGAGGCACUCCGACACAAACUAAAAGUUCCUUGCCGACCUUUUAAAAUGGAAAAAAAAAAAAUCACAUUUUAGAACUUUCUUUUAAUAAUUCAUACAUACAAACGGUGUUAUUUGAAUUUGUUAGUAAUUAGCCAAUAUGCGUAAUAUCAUAUAUGUCUAGCUAUAAAUAUAUACAUGACAAAUGUUAUUUGUAUCACUUAUUUGGCUGUUGUCUUAAAGCUAAAGCAGUACUUAUAGUGCAGUGGUGGAUUGAUUAAAAGCAGCAAUAGAAGGUAUUGUUAUAAUUAUUGGAAAACCACAGUAUCAGCAUCAAAACUACAUGAAACAGGUGAAUUAACUUAUUAAAAGAAAUUUACAUGAACCGCAAAGAAAUCUGGAGCUCUAAAAGACGAGCAGGUUGAUCAUUUUUACAGAAAAGAGGCUGAUAAAGACAAAGUAUCAGGAGAACGGAGCAUUAAGACAUGUAAACCUCUAAUUUAAGACUCUCCCAGGUGUAAGCUUUUUAUAAGGGAUUUCAGCCCAUGUUGUUUGCACCCAGCAUUAUAGUGUCACAGUGAGGCGAAGGGAUCAAAGCAGGUUUAACCUCAAGAAACAGGCCCAGCUAUAAAUUCACUGAGUUUGCUUGGGCACGGACAUCCAUCUUCUAAUUGCAGUAACAAUCUGGUAUCCGGAUCUCCUGGAUUUCCUGGAUUCUUCCCCAUCAAAUGACAAUUGCUUCAGAGCUGUAAUCCCUCAAAGGUUGAGGAAUUACGUCUUUUACACUCGGAGAAAAUCUUGUUUAGGUCUCGAUUACCGUGAGAUCCUAUGUAGAAGGAUUCUUCGGGAUAAUGAAUCCCUAAAAUACCUGGAAAAGCCUCAGAUCUUAGCUGUCUUACCGUCUGGAAGUAGGCCUGGCUUUGCACUGAAAUGUCUGAGAGAUACUGUAUCACCAUAAAUGCAAAGCAAUCCUUAGCUGAAGAGUGCAAAGCUUGUUUCUAAGGGGAGAAACUUGAAGUAGAAAAGGUUUAGGAGGGAAGCUUUAUCCAAGUAUCUUUACAACAACAAGUCUGCAUCCAUAAAAGAAAAGACCUUUCCCCGUCUUAGUUUGAACUCAAUUGAUCAAAGACCUGGUCAGAGGCAGAAGAAAAAACAUGUAUUUCCAGUGUGCUGUGAGGAAUAUAAAGAAGCGAAAUGAUAAACAGCCUGUUUUGAUUUCAUUCAGUGUGCUAGCAUGCUAACAUUCCUGUGUUUUCGACUUUUCCUCUCAUCUUUCGAUCAUUUGCAAGCAAAUCUAUGCGGGGUCAAUGUUGAAAUAACAUUUGAUGAUGUUUUCUCAGUCAGUUUCAUCGGUUUGGCGGCACAAAUCGGAUGAAAAUAGAUAAAAGAUGAAAUGUUAAACAGUUUUUCCUCAUGGAAAAUACUAAUAAAAUUUACCUAGUGUUGCAUCAUAUCAUCCAAAUAUAUGAUAAAUCAUUCUGCUUGUUUCCACAGAUGUUAUCUUCAGGGCAAGAGGGGAUGCCAGAGGACCGACAAAAGUUAUUGGAAAUUGUCGACAACUUUCAAGAAUCUGAAAAAAGUGGAUUUUACUGUACAGUUUUAUUGUUUACCCACAGAAAAACAAUGAUCAUGUAAUACUGUUACUUCACCAUUAAAGAUUGUUUUCUGGAUGUUGUUAUCAGCUGUCAAGGUCAGUCUACUCUCUUGUUGACACUUAUCUGUCAGUCAUCUGUUUUCUGUCAGAGGCCUCUUCAAACACAAAAUACAAAUCUGAACAGGUGCCAAUUCUCACGCAGUUUUCCAAAGAUAGUCUCACAUGCAGAUCACACACACACCUCUGUGUCUCUCUAUAUAACCACCAUCAGCACUCACAACUUCACUCCUUCCCGGUAACACAGGUAAGCAGGAGAAAAGCGUGAUCCUGACCUUUCCACUGCUGACUCUUUUUUUUCAUUUUAUGUAUUUUAAAAACUGGAUUUCUCUCAUUGCUGUUGUCUCGUACAGGUUGUGUAGAAAAGAUGAAUGCCCUCCAGGUGAUUUCCCUCGCUCUGCUGUCUGUUCUGGCUGCCAACGCCCAGGUCAUCUCCCCAGGAAGAUGCCCGAGGCCCGCUGUUCAGGAGAAGUUUGAUGCUGCCAGAGUGAGUGAAUACUAAAACCUCUACUGUAAAAUAUUCAGCAGGGGAUACAGAAGCUGUUCCUUCUCUUUAAACUUGAGAAACUCCUUCCUUUGUAACACAGACUGAAUUUAUGCUCUCACGCCUCCUCUGCAGUAUCUCGGUAAAUGGUACGACAUCCAGAGGCUGCCUCAUAGCUUCCAGAAGGGUGAGUGCUGCACUGCCACCUACAGCCUGCAGAGCCCUGGAGUUGUUGGAGUCCUGAACAAGGAGCUGCUGUGAGUACUCUGCCUGGGUCUCUAGCUUAAGUGGUGCUUGACUACUUCAAAUCAAUUUUAAGGGGGGUAAAAAUUCAAGCUCUGAGCAGCCUGUAAAUGUUCAGUUCGUUUCUUUUUUGUGAAUUGGUUUUGAACAAUUCAGGGUUUUUUUUAAAAGAAGAAAGUAGUACUCUCUUCUUUAAAACUUGGUCCUCAAAAGCAAGUUGAGAUCUGGGUAAAUGCUCUCUAAAAAGAAGUCCAAGUUUUAGUUAACUUACUUAAAACAUAUUCUUUUUCAUAUACAAGUUUCUUUUUCAUAUGCAAAUAAUACAAAACCAACUGAAAAUAAUGUUUCCCUGACAACAAAAAUUUACAUAUAAGAUUUAAAUUCUGAUUUGAGGAGAAAAAUAACUUUCAGAAUAAUCAGGUAUGAAAACAAUGAUUGUUUUUUUGUCACAUAGGUGAACUAAAAUGUAUCAAAAUGCAUAAAAAAUCAAAUGUUAUGAUAAAAAAAUUAACCAUCUUGUGGGACUUCUUUUGUCCUCUUUAUAUAUAUUUUUGUCAGAGUUCAUGAAUGGUCUUUUAUGGCUUCAUACAGAAGGACAGGACAGUGGAUAGUGAGGAAAUCUAGGAAGAGAAAGUAGGAAAUGACAUUUGGCGAAGGGCCAUGGGUUUGAAUUAAACGCCGACUAUCCACUCAGGAGAAUAUAGCCUCUUUAUAUGAGUUGUGCAAUUCAGCCUCCAAGCCAAACUGAGGUCCUCACUUUUUAUGAUUCAAGGACAUUUUUACAGUAUGUUUGCUCUUGAAAACUUUCAGCUGAAAAAACCUGGUUAUGGGACUCUCACUUGUUAUUGAAUAAACCUUUAAUGUGGUGCUAUAAGUUAAAGGAGAAACCUCCUCUGACACUGCUGCCAACGCUCUCACUCUCUUCCUGUUUCUCUCAGUGCUGACGGAUCCAUCAGCUCCAUCAGCGGCACUGCCUACGCUAAAGACGCCUCUGAGCCCGCCAAGCUGCUGGUCUCCUUCUUCGAGAGUAAGAACCCGUUUUCAUAACUCUCCAGGAAAACUUUCAUUUCUAGUUGAGCUCCAUCCAUCCAUCCAUAAUUUGACCGUCCUGUUCCUUUAACUCCCACAGACUCUCCCCCUGCUCCUUACUGGGUGCUGUCCACCGACUACGACAGCUACUCUCUGGUCUACAGCUGCACCGACCUCGGUGUGCUGCAUGUGGAGUUCGCCUGGAUCAUGAGCAGGACACCCACCAUGCCUGAGGAGACCCUGGCCGAUCUGCACAGCACCCUGAGCUCCAUCGGAGUCAACGUGGACAAGCUGCUGACCACCAACCAGGACCCAGCUGUCUGCAGCGCCAUGGACCAGUAAACAGACGGAGCAGGUUCAUCCUGCAGGUCUUCAGUGAUCAUCUCACUAAACCUCUCUGUAAAAGACAAUGUAAUAAACUGAUCCACACAGCA